AUGGGGUACCCAGUAACCAAACGUUCCCGUCCAGGGCCAGAUCUAUACAUGGGUUACCACUUACCACGACGACCAUCAAGAGCAUGUUGCAGAGUGAGGCGCAUGCUAAUAAUCAAACUUGUGUGCGGUAAAUUAUUGUACCGAUGCCACUUAUGGUGGAUGCAGAAUAUGUGUUACAUGUACAUCUUAUUUAGACACUUUUGCAAUGCAAAGGUCCACCAAAUACUGGCAUCGCAUGCAGGAGCAUGUGAGCAGAUAGGUGUCACCGUAGCCGUGCUUCUGCACCGUGCUGUCGUGGUGGACGCCGUCGUACCCUCCCGCUGCAGCGCCAUGCUGGUACUGCUCGCCGCCGUAGCCGUGCUUCUUCACGACGCCGUAGCUGUCGUGGUGGAGGGCGGCGGCGGCGCUCCCAUGCUCGUACGCCUUGUGCUCGCCGUAGCCGGGCUUCUGGACCGUGCAGUCCACGUACGCCUUCUGCUCGCCGUAGCCGUGCGCCUUCUCGCCGUAGCCAUGCUUCUGGACCUUGCUGUCCUGGUGGAGAGCGGUGUACCCCUUGAGAUUGCCUUCAUGCUGGUACGCCGUAUGCUCGCCGCCGUAGCCGCUCUUCUGGACCUUGCUGUCCUGGUGGUGACCACCGUACGCCUUCUGCUCGCCGUAGCCAUGCUUCUGCGCCGAGCUGUCAUGGUGGGCCUCAGCCCCAUAAUGCUGGUAAGCCUUCUGCUCACCGUAGCCAUGCUUCUGCGUGGCGCCUGUGCUGUCGUGGCUGGCAGCGUCGUAGCCUCCAUGCUGGUACGACGACGCCUUCUGCCCACCGUAGCCGCCGUGCUUCUGCACGGAGCUUUCGUGGUGGUGAGCGCUGUACCCUCCGGCGCCGCUCGCAUGCUGGUACGACGACACCUUUUGCUCGCCGUAGCCUCCGACGUCGCUCCCGUACGCCUGCUGCCCGUAGCCGUGCUUCUGCACUUCGGCGUCCUCGCUGCACAGCUCCGUGAGGGAGGCCGUCUUGUACCCCGCCUGCUUCUCGUUGAGGCUCAUGUGGCUGAUCUCCGUCACGACGGUGGUCACCGAGUCGGAGUUGUGGGUGUGGUAGCUUAUCACGGGCUUGCUCUGGCCGUAGCCGCCGCCGAAGCCCAAAGCACGCUUGACGAUGGACAUGGCUGCUUGCUUUCUUGCUCUGACUACUACGGCUAG